CCUCGACCUCCACAAUUUUUCUGUGAUACGUCACACUGUACGUGUAAUUCAUUUAGCGGCGCCGCGCUAGCGCUACAGCCUACAGGAUCUUUGAUUUCAUCUAUAAAAUAAUCUCUUAAUAUACGAUGUAUGAUAAUAAAUACGCCAUGUAGGCCUAUAUGUUUGCGGACAGCUCAGCAUAGUAGCAGAUAGGUGGAGCCAUAGUUGAACGUUUUCAAAGGAAGAGAAGCUGUGAGCUGAGUAUGGCAGGUAUUCUGGGUGGUUGUCAGGCAUUACGUAGACUGUUGACUGUCGUGGUGUUAGUAGGCCUUGCGUGGCAUGACUGCACAGCUUUUUCCCUACUUGGCGAAGCGCCGGUGAACUUCUGCUCAGUAGAGACACGAGCCAAGUACGAGUCUAAUGCAUCAGAAAGCGCCAUAGAGAACCAUUGCCAGAGCUUGGUACAGUUGUAUGUGAAUCGCCUGAACACAGUAAAAACUGUGAUCCCCUAUGCAUAUGAAAGUUUUGACUUCUGCAAAGGAGAAGCUUUGGAAGCCGAUCCUAUGGUUGAGAACAUUGGCCAGGUGUUACUAGGGGACCGUAUCACCACUUCACCAUACAUCUUCACCUUCAACCAAACGCAGGAGUGCGUUACUGUCUGUGAGAAGACGUACAAUCCUGAUGUUGACAAUCACAUGCAAGAGUUGGACUUCCUGCAGCAAGCGAUCAGGCUCAGCUACCAGAAUCACUGGAUUGUGGACAACCUGCCUGUGACAUGGUGCUUCAACGUACAUGAAGAAGGAAGUGAUGAUCAAAGGUAUUGUUCUGCACAGCUCCCUAUUGGUUGCUAUAUCGACAAGCAGGGUAUCAACGAAGAUUUCUGCUUCUCUUAUGCAAGUUCUGCAGAGAAGGACACCUACUAUUUCUUCAACUAUAUCAACAUCACCAUUACCUACAACCAGCUUUAUGAGGACUCGAGUAUUGGUCGCAUAGUCUCCAUCCAAAUGCAGCCUGAUAGCAUCAACCACCAAAAAAACGGUGGUAACUGCCAGAUAAAUCCGAGCCAGAACAACCCCGACAGUUUCCGAAUGGCCAUCCCAGCUGAACUGAAGGAACCUAUGUCCAUCAGAUACACGUACAGUGUGGAAUUCGUGCUCAAUGAGGACUUACGAUGGCAGUCUCGAUGGGAAUAUGUCUUGGGAUCCAUGGGCAAACCACACAACAAAAUCUUCUACUUGAGUACCAUCAAUUCUCUUGUCAUUGCUGGGUUCUUGUUAUUGAUCGUGGGGCGAAUCCUGCAUCACAAUGUCUACCCAGGUGAAGAAAGUGUAAAGAAAGCUGGAAGUGAACGUGCACGUGAUUUUCGUUGGAAGCUGUUACAUGGCGAUAUCUUCCGACCCCCACGCGGCUGCAUGCUCCUGUCAGCGUUGCUGGGAUCCGGAACGCAAAUCGUCCUUGUGGCUUUCAUCACUUUGGUAUUGGCAUCUGUGGGGCUUCUAUCACCGGCCAGACGAGGGGCUCUCAUGACAUGCAUCAUCAUGCUGUUUGUCUGUCUUGGAUUGCCGGCUGGUUACAUCUCCACUCGAAUGUACAAGGCAUUCGGAGGUGAGAAGUGGAAGACCAACCUCUUGCUGACUGGUCUGUUGGUUCCCAGCAUCAUCGUCGCCAUCGUUCUAAUCUUAAAUGUUCUGCUGUGGACCUGGCAAAGUUCAGCCGCUAUCCCUACAUCCACUCUCUUAACGCUACUUGCCUUGUGGUUUGGCAUCCAGUUGCCUCUUGUUUACAUUGGGGGAUUCAUUGACUUUAUAAGAAAGCCGAUUGAGUUCCCGGUACCCACCAAUCUGACCCAGCGCCGGAUCCCUAGGCAGCCUUGUAACAAACACCCUGUGCUUACUGCUGUUUUCAGCGGGGGGCUUCCCUUCAGUUGUAUCUUCAUCCAGCUUUUCUUUAUCUUGAGUAGCAUCUGGAUGCAUCAGUUCUUCUACGGAUUUGGCUUCACAUUGUGCACAGCUGCAGUCAUGGUCGUCGUCUGUUCCUUGAUCACGAUACUGUUCUGCUUUUUGCACCUUCAAUCUGAGAACUAUCACUGGUGGUGGCGCUCUUUCCUGUCGAGCGGCUUCACUGCCGUCUACGUCCUUAUCUACUGCGUGUAUUACUUUGUGUCCAAGUUGACGAUCCAGGGCACAGCCAGCACAGUCUUGUACUUUGGCUACACCUCCAUCAUGGUCCUCCUGUUCUUCUUGUUCACGGGUACCAUUGGAUUAUUUUCCUGCUUCUGGUUCCUCCUGAAGAUUUACAGCUCCCUGGAUCCCAGCCAGCUGGAGUUGAACAGUGAUGUUGAGGAUGAGAAGGACAUGCCCCAAGAAACGAUGAACGUGGGUGUGGUCAAGGAGGAGGAGAAGGAGGAGGACAUAGCAAAUGAGGCUGCAUCAAAUCAAGAAGAUGGGGGAAACCCUCCCCCAAUCAUUGAAGUAGGCAAGGACAAUGCUGACACUGUUCAGCAAGAUGUGUCAGUUGUAGGCGGGAAAUCUGAAGGUGAACUCACCCCACAAAUAUAGACAAGGGUGCCAUGACUGAAGACAAAGGAAGGCACAUGUCGUCAGCAAGACCAAUUAAAGGCAUACAUAGGAUCAUUUGCCUUCCAUGCAUUUUGUUCGUUUCCAAUAAAACACCACUCAGAAUUCAAAGAAGAAUGUUCAAAACCUAGCUUGUUGAAGUUUGAGUGAUCGUUGGAAGUCACCUACAUACUUCAGGAAUAAUCUCACGUGAUGUUUAGUACCAGUAUGGUCGACUGGUCGUUACUCCAUAAAAGGUUUUUGAUAAUACUUAUGUAGAUUACUUUUGGGGAUAAAUGCAAAUGAUCCUAUAUGCCUUUAACAUUAUUAUAGAUGUGAUAAAUUCACCGAAGUUUGGGUUUAAUUGUGUUCAGUCUGUAAAUACUGCAUGUACUCGGUUUCAUAAAAACGCAAAUUGCUUGAUGCAAAUACUCGUUUGCCAUAUUACAUGCAUGUAAAAUAUAAAAAAGUUAUUACUUUUUAUGUAUAUGACAUUUCCAGAACAAAAUUAACUGAAAUAUGAAUUAAAGAAACAGGGUGUAGUAUAAUAUUUGAAAGAAAAUAUGACAAAGGUUAUGUGACUAACUUUUCAAACACUUCUCCAAAUUAUUCACAUAUUUAAAUACUUUGCAGGAACAAUAAAAAUUUAUGAAGUUCUGUAAAAAAUCAAAUCAAAUCAAUCAAUUUUGAAGAAGAGAUUUUUUUUUUUUUUUUUUUUUAGGGGUUGGGUAAAGGUUGCAUGCAUAAGUAACAGAAUCAAGAUAAAGACCCAAAAAUUGUG